AGCCUUAAGCGAAAGAACAACUUUCUCUCACUGCGUAGCUUAUAUGGGAUAGCGUUUUUCUCUUUCUAGUGCACUCUCAAUCUUUUAUUUCAGAAAGAACGAUUUUUUGCAUUUCGCGGAUACAACGACGUGUUGAAAAUGAAAGUGUAUUUUAUUUACAACGGCCGAGACGCCGAUGGCGGUGUUGUGAACGAGGUACCAGAGGCAUUUAAGCUCAAGAUUGAGGUCCCUGCAUCGUGGAUGGAGGGACCAUGCGAACGACUGCAACUGUUUUUCCUCAAAACACUCAAAGCAAAGCGUGACAUUGACCUUGCCGCACAAGACGUGUGCAUGAAAUGUGGCGGUCUUUUUCUGAAGCCGCAAGAUGUGGUUUCGAAAUGCAUGUCCGACUACAACGACGUUUAUGUGCUUCACAACGUCCCUGAGAAGGUGAAACAGAAUCACGAUGGCGAGUUGCGCUGCACGAAUUUCGGCUGUAAUCAGUACUAUAAGGAAGACGACAACACGGAUACAUCCUGCCACUGCCACACCAAAGGUCCAGUCUUUCACGAUUUGGAAAAGCACUGGGGCUGCUGUGAAAACAAGAAGGCUUGUGACUGGGAGUCGUUCCAGAAGAUUCCCACUUGCAGUAUCACUCGCCACAGCACUGCAAACAAGCCCUUCAGCUUUCCGAAGGAAGAGAUUACGAACGUUCCUCUCUCUGCUGAGCAGCUGAAUCAAACCGCGUCCGCUCCGUCAGGAAUGCAUGAUGGCAAGAGAACGACAGGACCGCGUGAGUUUGAAGGUGCGUCGUUCAUGCACAACGAACCGCAGCAAGUUGUUGACGGAAAAGCAAGGUGCCGAAAUUUUGGCUGCACCAAGGAAUUUGUUGUUGCGGAGAACACAGAAAUUUCGUGCCACUACCACAAAGACGGACCUGUGUUCUGGGACACCUAUAAGUACUGGAAAUGCUGCCCGGACAAGCGAUGUCUCGAAUUCGAUGAUUUUGUCAAAAUUCCUGGCUGCUGUGUAGGAUAUCACAAACUUUAA